AUGUUUGGUUGUUCUGGUGAUUCUUGUCUGUGUUUCUUUAGCAACUUGCUUGAAGGAUCACGAGGAAGAGGAGCUGAUUCUGAGUCAACUAGCUGACCCAAUUACUGGGGAUAUCGACACAGAGAUGGCUGAGCUGUUACUGUUUAAAUGCAACUUGGAUUUGCUUCAGUUAAAGGAAGCUGCAGAUGGUACUGAAUUGUGCUUUGAAGAAAGACCCGAUAGCACAAAUGGUAUUAAUUUUGAAUGUCAGGUGCUGACGAAAGGAAAAACAAACAGAAUGCUAAGCGCCAUGCAUCCCCAGAUGAAGCAAACUCUUUUAGAUUGUUUAAGAAAGAAUUUCACGUUUCUGGAAACGACUACAAUUCUAAAGCUUGGUACCCCACAUACCUGGAGUCAUUGUUUUUGAUGCCUGGUAGUUUUAGAAGGAAGUUAAGUUCCAGAUGGCAUCGAAGUGCUAAAGAAGUGUCGAAAUCUUCAGAUCUCGAACAUCUUUCAAUAAAACUUUCUAGCACAAGUAGUCAAAAAGAAAAGAAAUCUGAUCAUCAACAAACAAUUAUCAUUGCUGUUGUUGUAACAGCAACAGUGACUUUUAUUAUUGUAGCUCUGCUCUUUAUAUGCUAUAAUAGUAUUAGCUCCAGAAUGAAGCAAAAUGAUGAAAAUCAUGCAAGGCCUCUCCUAAGCUUGAGCAUAAAUUCUUCACCAAAUUUUUCUGCCUUCGGGAAUUCUUUUAAGGAAGACAAGUACAUGAAUCAAGCAUCUAGCUUGAGUCAACACCAGAGAGCUCCAUCUUUGGAUGGUAGCCUGCAGCUUGUCUCUGAUGGUGCACGUAUUUCGAUGCAGGGGCCUCCAUCUUUUGAAGCUGCUGGAAUUGUCAAUAAUUCAUCUUUUGGAUCAGUGAAUUUGGCUGGGAGUUCUAAUAAUUUGCUGCCACCUCCUCCUGGAGCAGUGCCAGUCAACUCAGAGAUUAUGCCUCCUCUGAAGCCUCCUCCUGGCAGGGCUGUUCCCCUGCCUCCUGAACGCCCCAAGUCUUUUAAGCCUCCAUCCAGCAUGGCUACUCCUCCUCCGCCUCCACCACCUGCACCACCACCAGAACUUCCUGGAGAUUCAGGUCACCCUCCCGGACCUCCUGGAAAUUCAGGUCUUCCUCCUGUACCUCCUGGAAGUUCAGGUCUUCCUCCUGUACCUCCUGGAAAUUCAGGUCUUCCUCCUGUACCUCCUGGAAGUUCAGGUCUCCCUCCUGUACCUCCUGGAAAUUCAGCUGUCCCUCCUGUACCUCCUGGAAAUUCAGGUCGCCCUUCUGGACCUCCUCCACCUCCACCACCUGGAGCCAACAGGGCAGGCCCUCGCCCACCACCACCUCCCGGAAGUGGUAAUGCUCCUCGGCCACCGCCAUUUGCACCCAAAGGUGGAAAUGCACCUCGACCUCCAAGGGGUUCUGCUUUAGGUGGUGAUAAUGGUAUGGAAGAUUCGGGUGUCCCCAAAGCCAAAUUGAAACCGUUUUUCUGGGACAAAGUUCUUGCAAACCCAGAUAAUACCAUGGUCUGGCAUCAGAUAAAAGCAGGGUCUUUCCAAUUCAACGAGGAGAUGAUAGAAACUCUUUUUGGAUAUGCACCAGCAGAUAAAAACAAAACUGAUGGUAAGAAGGAGCCAUCAUCAAAAGAUCCUGUACAGCAGUUCAUUCAGAUCAUUGAUGCAAAGAAAGCGCAAAAUCUGUCCAUUCUUUUACGAGCACUGAAUGUGACAAGAGAAGAAGUUUGUGAUGCACUUCAUGAAGGAACUGAUCUUCCUGCUGAACUUCUUGAGAACUUACUGAGGAUGGCACCAACACCAGAAGAAGAACUCAAGCUUAGACUGUUCAGUGGGGAGACUUCUCAACUCGGAAAUGCCGAGCGGUUCCUUAAAACGAUAGUCGAUAUCCCAUUUGCUUUCAAAAGGAUGGAAUCUCUGCUAUUCAUGAGCACUAUUCAGGAGGACAUCGCCAUCACUAAAGAGUCCUUUGUUAACCUGGAGAUCGCUUGCAAGGAACUUAAGAGCAGCAGGCUGUUCCUCAAACUGCUAGAAGCUGUUCUUAAGACGGGUAAUCGGAUGAACGAUGGAACUUUUCGAGGUGGCGCGCAAGCAUUCAAAUUGGACACUCUCUUAAAAUUGUCAGAUGUGAAAGGAAAAGAUGGGAAGACUACACUAUUACACUUUGUAGUUCAGGAGAUAAUCCGCACAGAAGGGAUAAGAGCUGCCAGGAAUGCCACUGGAAGCCAAAGCUUCUCAAGCACCUCAUCAAAGGAGAUGCUGGAUGGAACUACUCACGAUCCAGACGAGCAUUUCCGUAACUUGGGUCUUGAGGUCGUGUCGGGGUUGAGCGGCGAACUUCAGAAUGUGAAGAAAGCAGCGACCAUAGAUGCCGAUGCCUUGACUGGUACCGUUUCUAAACUUGGCCAUGGACUGUUGAGUUCAAGAGACUUUUUGAACAAAGACAUGGAGAAUCUAGGUGAAGAAAGUAGAUUUCAUCAGACACUGAAAAGCUUUGUGCAGAAUGCUGAGGUUACUAUCAUGGCUCUCUUGGCAGAAGAAAAAAAGAUCAUGGAAAUGGUGAAAAGCACGGGUGAUUACUUCCAUGGAAAUGCUGGGAAGGAUGAGGGCUUAAGGUUGUUUGUAAUAGUGCGAGAUUUCUUGAUAAUGAUAGAUAAGACAUGCCGGGAGAUAAAGGAUGCACAGAAAAAACAGGCAAAGCAGGCGAAGGGACACAGAAAGGCAGCAUCUUCUUCUGAUAUCAAUCCCUCCCUUCCGUCUUCCGAUACCAAUCAACCCCCGUCCUCGUCUUCCGAUACCAAUCAACCCCCGUCCUCGUCUCAAGACACCAAUCAAACCACGUCGACGUCUCAAGACACCAAUCAAACCACGUCGUCGUCUCCUGAUACCAAUCAACCCCCAUCCUCGUCUUCCGAUACCAAUCAACCCCCGUCCUCGUCUUCCGAUACCAAUCAACCCCCGUCCUCGUCUUCCGAUACCAAUCAACCCACGUCCUCGUCUCAAGACACCAAUCAAACCACGUCGUCGUCUCAAGACACCAAUCAAACCACGUCGUUGUCUCAAGACACCAAUCCACCCAUGUCGUCGUCUCAAGACACCAAUCCACCCCCGUCCUCGUCUCCUGAUGCCAAUCAACCCCCUUCAGCUCCAGUUUCUGAUCCACGCCACCCACCUCCUCCCCCAUCAUCGUCUUCUGAUAUCAAUCAACCCCCUUCAGCUCCAGCUUCUGGUCCACCCCACCCACCUCCUCCCCCAUCAUCGUCUUCUUAUACCAACCAACCCCCUUCAGCUCCAAUUUCUUAUCCACGCCACCCACCUCCCCCAUCAUCGUCUUCUGAUACCAAUCAGCCCCCUUCAGCUCCAGUUUCUGAUCCACGCCACCCACCUCCUCCCCCAUCAUCGUCUUCUGAUACCAAUCAACCCCCUUCAGCUCCAGUUUCUGGUCCACCCCACCCACCUCCUCCCCCAUCAUCUUCUUAUACCAACCAACCCCCUUCAGCUCCAGUUUCUGAUCCACGCCACCCACCUCCCAAUCUAAACCAGCUGAUUUUCCCUGCAAUUACUGAUCGUCGGAUGGGUAGCUCAAGUUCAAGUUCAGAUGAUGAAAGUCCAUAGGUUAUCUUAUCAGCCAUUGAAAAGGUGCCCAGCUCUCUGAAUUGUUAGGCUCCAUUUUGGACAUAGGCAAAUUCUUUAGCAAUAUGAAGAAGCUCCAUGAAUUGCCAAUGUGCCCAGAGCACACUUAGAAUUCUUGACGUUUUAUCACCUUUGUUUUUCUGUAAAAAAAAACAUCUAGUUUUGAAGUUUUUGGCAGUUGGAGCAUUAUUCACCAUAGUUUGUAUAUAUAGAUUGUGUAAGAUUAUCAGUUAUAUAUCUUCCUUUUUGA